GCCAGCCAGCGGCCGAACGCACGACUCAAGUUUCCCCGGCAACUUUCGCCUGGGAAUCCCUCCCCUAGAGCGAGUCUCGGCCCCGCUGGAGUCCGAGCGCCUGGCUCCGCCGCGGCCGCGGCCGCCUGGAAACCCGGAGACUUGGGGAGGGGCCUGCGAUCGUGCACCUCAGGGGCAGCAGCGGCUGCAGCUGAUGAAGCGCUCUCCGAGCCGGGCGCAGCUGCUGAAUCUUUGAUGAGGCUGGUCCGGUCCCUGGGUUCGAGGGGAUCAGGAGGAAACUGAGUUGGAGAUUCUGUGUCCUGGCCUCUUUCUGCUUCUAGACACGGCAGAGGAGACAAAACCAGCCUUGCAGCCAUGCCACGAAGUCCCACAUCAAGCGAGGAUGAGAUGGCCCAGAGCUUCUCCGAUUACUCAAUGGAAUCUGAGUCAGAUAGCUCCAAAGAAGAAACCAUCUAUGACACCAUCCGGGCGACCUCUGAGAAGCCAUCCGUCAAGAUGGAAGAGAGCCAAGGCAAUACUCUGGUCAUUCGCAUUAUCAUUCAGGACUUACAGCAGACGAAAUGCAUUCGAUUUAACCCAGACGCUUCAGUGUGGGUGGCGAAGCAGCGGAUACUCUGCACAUUGAACCAGAGUCUCAAAGAUGUCCUAAAUUAUGGGCUCUUCCAACCUGCCAGCAACGGGCGAGAUGGAAAAUUCCUGGAUGAGGAGCGGCUUCUCAGGGAGUACCCACAGCAUGUGCCCAAAGGAAUUCCUUCUUUGGAGUUCCGAUACAAAAGGCGGGUGUACAAGCAAGCGAAUCUGGACGAGAAGCAGCUGGCCAAGCUCCAUACCAAGACCAACCUAAGGAAAUGCAUGGACCAUAUUCAGCAUCAUUCGGUGGAGAAAAUCUCCAAGAUGUUGGAGAGAGGCCUGGAUCCCAACUUCCAUGACACAGAAACAGGAGAAACGCCACUGACUUUAGCAGCCCAGCUUGACAACUCUGUAGAGGUGAUCAAAGCUCUCAAAAAUGGAGGCGCCCACUUGGACUUCCGAGCCAAAGAUGGAAUGACAGCCCUCCACAAAGCCGCUCGAGCCAAGAACCAGGUGGCCCUCAAGACUCUCCUGGAGCUCGGGGCCUCUCCAGACUACAAGGACAGCUAUGGCCUCACACCCCUGUAUCACACAGCGGUUGUCGGAGGGGACCCUUACUGCUGUGAACUGCUCCUCCAUGAGCAUGCCACAGUGGGCUGCAAGGAUGAGAAUGGCUGGUGCGAAAUUCACCAGGCCUGUCGCUAUGGACAUGUCCACCACCUUGAGCACUUGUUAUUCUAUGGAGCUGAUAUGGGAGCCCAGAAUGCCUCUGGGAACACUGCCCUACACAUCUGUGCCCUUUAUAAUCAGGAUAGCUGUGCUCGAGUUUUGUUGUUCCGUGGGGGUGACAAGGAAUUGAAGAAUUACAACAGCCAGACGCCGUUCCAGGUGGCGAUAAUCGCAGGAAACUUUGAGCUGGCUGAAUAUAUUAAGAACCACAAGGAAACAGAUAUUGUGCCAUUCAGAGAGGCCCCGACAUACUCAAACCGGCGGCGGAGACCCCCGAGCACACUGGCAGCCCCCCGAGUUCUGCUGCGCUCCAACAGUGAUAACAACCUCAACGUGAACAACCUCCCCGACUGGUCUGUGUGCUCCUCGGCCUCUUCCCACCGCAGCCUUUCACCCCAGCUCCUCCAGCAGAUGCAGGGCAACCCAAAUGGCACAGUAAAAACCAUCGGGAGCUACACACCGGGGCCUCGGAGCCGCUCUCCAUCGCUGAACCGGCUUGGGGAGGAUGCCAGGAGGCAGCAGCAGGCCCCACCCCUGCCACAGCGGCACAUCAGCUCUGGCUUCGCUCCUGGUGCCAGCAAGGAUGCCAUCUCUGCCUUUGACUACCCGGGGCCCAAGCGCAAGCUCUACAGCGCGGUACCUGGGAGACUGUUUGUUGUUGUAAAGCCAUAUCAACCUCAAGUCGAUGGAGAGAUCCACCUUCACCGGGGCGACAGGGUCAAAGUGUUGAGCAUUGGUGAAGGCGGCUUCUGGGAAGGCAGCACCCGGGGCCACAUUGGCUGGUUUCCUGCUGAUUGUGUGGAGGAAGUCCAGUGUAAACCAAAUGAAAGCAAGCCAGAAACUCGCACUGAUCGAACCAAGAAACUCUUUCGACACUACACAGUGGGCUCCUAUGACAGCUUUGAUGCCUCCAGUGACUGCAUUAUCGAGGAGAAGACAGUGGUCCUGCAAAAGAAAGACAAUGAAGGCUUUGGCUUCGUGCUGCGAGGGGCUAAAGCUGAUACUCCAAUUGAAGAGUUUACCCCAACGCCAGCAUUCCCUGCCCUGCAGUAUCUGGAGUCCGUGGAUGAAGGAGGAGUAGCAUGGCAGGCAGGCUUGAGAACUGGUGACUUCCUCAUUGAGGUAAACAAUGAAAAUGUCGUGAAAGUCGGUCACAGACAGGUGGUGAACAUGAUCCGCCAAGGAGGGAAUCACUUAGUCCUCAAGGUUGUCACGGUAACCAGAAACCUCGAUCCCGAUGACACAGCCAGGAAGAAAGCCCCUCCGCCUCCCAAGCGAGCGCCAACCACAGCCCUGACCUUGCGGUCUAAAUCUAUGACCUCUGAGCUGGAAGAGCUUGAUAAAGUCGAUGAAGUUGUACCAGCUACUAAGCCAUCAAGGACAGCAGAAAACGUGACUGUGGAGUCAAGAGUGGCGACCAUCAAGCAGCGCCCGACCAGCAGGUGCUUCCCAUCUGUGGCAGACAUGAAUUCCAUUUACGAGCGGCAGGGAAUUGCAGUGAUGACCCCCACGGUCCCAGGGAGUCCGAAGGGCCCAUUCCUGGGCAUCCCUCGAGGUACAAUGAGAAGGCAGAAAUCAAUAGACAGCAGAAUCUUUCUAUCAGGAAUAACAGAGGAAGAGCGCCAAUUCCUGGCUCCCCCGAUGCUAAAGUUCACAAGAAGCCUGUCCAUGCCUGACACCUCCGAAGAUAUCCCUCCUCCUCCCCAGUCCUUACCUCCUUCUCCACCACCGCCCUCCCCAACUGCUUACAAUUCACCCAAGUCGCCGACAGCCAGACCCUACGGGACAAUCAAGCCCCCCUUCAAUCAGAAUUCGGUUCCCAAGGUCUCCCCUUCCCCUCGGCCUGAAAACAUCGGCACAGUGAUGAGGGAGAAGGGUAUGUAUUAUCGGAGAGAGCUGGACCGCUAUUCCCUCGACUCAGAAGACCUGUACAGCCGGAAUGCCGCCGCCCAGGCAAACUUCAGAAACAAGCGGGGUCAGAUGCCAGAAAACCCCUAUUCCGAAGUGGGGAAGAUCGCGAGCAAGGCCGUUUAUGUCCCUGCCAAGCCAGCCAGGAGGAAGGGGAUGCUGGUGAAGCAGUCCAAUGUGGAGGACAGUCCUGAGAAAACCUGCUCCAUCCCCAUCCCGACAAUCAUCGUGAAGGAGCCAUCCACAAGCAGCAGCGGUAAGAGCAGCCAGGGGAGCAGCAUGGAGAUCGAUGCUCAGGCGGGUGAGCCACCAGGGCAGCUGCGGCCCGACGACAGCCUGAGCGUCAGCAGCCCCUUUGCGGCAGCCAUCGCCGGAGCAGUGCGAGACAGGGAGAAGAGACUGGAGGCCAGGAGGAACUCCCCGGCCUUCCUCUCCACGGACUUGGGUGAUGAGGACGUGGGAUUGGGCCCAGGGCCUCCCGUGCCCAGGACAAGGCCUUCCAAGUUCCCAGAGGACGAGAUGUUUGGCGACGAGGACAGCCUGGGCCAGCUGCCAUCGUCCACUCCAGUAGUGGCACCGAGGGAGUCCGAGAACCAUUUUGGCAGCAGCGAGGCUGGCGGCCAGAGUGACCCAGGCAGCGUGAGGACAUUGAAUUCAGUCCCCAAAGCAAAAGGUCCUGAGAACAACGCUGGGACAGCAGCCAAGGGUGGAAGCGCAGUUAGCCCUGAUAACUAUGUCCAUCCCCUCACUGGAAGGCUAUUAGACCCCAAUUCGCCAUUGGCUCUGGCCCUCUCGGCCAGGGAUAGAGCCUUGAAAGAAACUCAGCAGGGUCCCGGCAAGGGGGAAGCAGCCAAGGCAGAUCUAAACAAGCCCCUCUACAUCGAUACCAAAAUGCGGCCCAACAUGGAGCCGGCCUUUCCCUCUGUGACCAGGCAGAGCACCCGCGGCCCACUGAGGAGGCAGGAGACGGAGAACAAAUAUGAGCUGGACAAGGACAGAAAGGGAGACGAAAAGAAGAACAUGCUUAUCAGCAUCGUGGACACCUCCCAGCAGAAGACCGCCGGCCUGCUGAUGGUCCAUACCGUGGAUGCUGCUGUGGCGGAAGACUCCCUAGAAGAGGAAGAGGAGAAAGAAGACAUGGACGCAGAGCCAGAACGCUCUCCAACUGAGGUGCCCGAAAGCAUUCCCGAAACCGAAGGUGCUUUACAGGCCUCGGCCUCCGGCCCAGGCAAGGUGAUGGCUGCGGCGGGCUCCGUGGACGAGCCGGUCGUCUUGCCCUUCCGUAUCCCGCCCCCUCCUCUGGCGUCCGUGGAUCUGGACGAAGAUUUUAUUUUUACAGAACCAUUGCCUCCGCCCCUAGAGUUUGCAAACAGUUUUGAUAUUCCUGACGACCGGGCCGCUCCAACUCCCCCUCCCACAGACCCGGGAAAGCUGAGGAAAGACUCCCCCCAGUCCCCUUCAUUUGCCCCCAGCCAGUCAGCCAAUUCCGUAGACAGUAAGAAGCCGGCAGGUCUUUCAAACUGUUUGCCAGCCUCGUUCCUGCCGCCCCCAGAAAGUUUUGAUAAUGUCACUGACUCCGGGAUCGAGGAGGUGGACAGCCGGAGUAGCAGUGACCACCAUCUUGAGACAACCAGCACUAUCUCCACCGUGUCCAGCAUCUCCACCUUGUCCUCGGAAGGGGGCGAGACCCUGGACACAUGCACGGUCUAUGCAGAUGGGCAGGCAUUUAUGGUUGACAAGCCCCCUGUACCUCCGAAGCCAAAAAUGAAGCCCAUGAUCACCAAAAGCAAUGCACCUCACAAAGACACCCUGGUAGAAGAGAACACCGACGGCUUUGUGAUCUCCCUGCCUGCACAGGCGCCGGCACCGCCCCCGCCGCCCGCUGGCGCCCAGGCAGGGGGGACCGCAAAGGUUCUCCAGCAAAGGACCUCCAAGCUGUGGGGGGAUGUCCCCGAGGUCAAAAGCCCGAUUCUCUCAGGCCCAAAGGCGAACGUCAUUAGCGAAUUGAAUUCAAUCCUGCAGCAAAUGAACAGAGAGAAAUCGACGAAACCAGGGGAAGGAUUGGAUUCGCCCACUGGAACCAAAACCGCUAGCCUCAGUACAAGGAGUACGGAUGUCAUGAGCACCGUCUCAGGGACGCGGAGCACGACGGUCACCUUCACCGUCCGCCCUGGCACCACCCAGCCCAUCACCCUGCAGAGCAGGCCGCCGGACUAUGACGCGAGGACCGCUGUCACGAGACGUGCCCCAAGCCCUGUGGUCUCCCCCACCGAGAUCGCCAAGGAGGCCCUGACCGCUCCCCUGACCGCCGUCUCGGCUGCGUCCCCUUCACCUGCUCUGUCUGAGGUUUUUAGCCUUCCGAGCCAGCCACCUUCAGGGGACCUGUUUGGCUUGAGCGCGGCACCGCGCAGCAGGUCCCCAUCCCCCUCGAUACUGCAACAGCCAAUCUCAAAUAAGCCUUUUACAACUAAACCUGUCCACCUGUGGACCAAGCCCGAUGUGGCUGAUUGGCUGGAAAGCUUAAAUUUAGGGGAGCAUAAAGAGACCUUCAUGGACAAUGAAAUCGACGGCAGUCACUUACCAAACCUUCAGAAGGAAGACCUCAUAGACCUCGGAGUAACUCGAGUCGGGCAUAGAAUGAACAUAGAAAGAGCCUUGAAGCAGCUGCUGGACAGAUAAGGACGCCUGCUCCCUCUGCCUUCAUGGACUUCUGCUUAUAAGUAGAGAUGGGCUUGUACUGUAGUCGCUGAGGCCUCCUGGUCUGUGAGCACCAACACCACCCUGGCUCUGUCCACCUCCUGUUGCCCAAAGAAAGGCCGAGUGCAUCUCGGAGCCCAGGUCCGCUAACCCCCAGGCCCCGGCCUGCAUUCCUACCCGGCGGCCGGACAGGCCUAGGCGCCAGGUGCGGGGGCCACUCCCUUCAGAGAGGGGAGGAAGGGAGAAGGGGAUUCGAACGGGUUCCAAGCCUGCCCCUCAUGGGGCGGGUGACCUCCCUUGCUCCUCCCAGGUCCAGAAGCCAGCCCAGAAUGGGGCUCGGCCGAUGUCUCCUGAGCUGCUCCUCCCUUGGUUCUGACCGGCUCCCGACCCUCCAGGUCCCAGCACUGGCUCCUGCCCAUUCCCCUCCCCUUUUUUGGUCAGUACGUGCUCACUUGCUUCCUUGUUUUCCGAGCAGUUUGCUGGCGGUAGAACCAGCCCCAGAAGAAUUUAUUUAGCGGAUGUGCCGUCUUGGGCCCCCCAGCCCCAGAUGCUCCACACCAUCUCCUCACUGGGGCUGCAGCCGUAGCUGUCAGGCAGAGAGGUGGUGACUUCUUGGCAGAGGGUGGAACCUUUCCACAAGAUCGUGCCCUGCUUGGCUCACCUUUAUUUCUUGAUUUCUGCAAAUAAAUCUAUUUAGCAUACUUCCCAGGUGGCCACUAGGCCACCGUGGAGUUAGUCAAAGCACAUAGCCACGAUGCUGAGAUGGAAGGGGAGAGUCUCCCCAGGAACUGCGCAGUACCCAAGCUGCCUGAGGCACUCACCCCUCUGCCAGACACAGGGUGUCCCAUCCAGACAUGGCACGCUGGGCUGGGGAAGCAGUAGAUCACCUCCCUUAUCUUCUGCUCCUGAGCAUUACUUUUGUCCUUAUACCCCUUUGAGGUUGAAGGAGGUGAGCAUAUACAUUGACCCAAAGGACAAUCAAAUAAAUGAGGUGAACCAGGGCCCACUGUGGUGCUACCUGGACCAUGGAGUCUUUGUCGGGAGCUGUGUCAGGGGCUCCAGGAUCCAGGUCCUGAGUCCUCUCAAGGUUGAGGAGCCAGACUAUGACAGCCCCUUUGCUGUCUGGGGCCAGGGAGAUCAGCAUGUUGAGAGGUCUCCCUUCCUCUUUGGACCUCAGGGAAUCUCUCCAGCUUACUGAGAAGCAGCGCUGGGAGAGAGAGGUACAGAAGGUGGACAGGACCCAGGGUUGAGAGUAGUGGGGAUUGAAGGUGCAGAAAUGGAGGCAGAAAAAUGGGGGCAUCUCCAAGGGGCUAGGAAAGAUGCUGGUCUUUUAGUAAUAGAAAAUGAGAUCACCCUGACUGCCAACUUUUCUAGAUCCUCUUCCAUGUCUUUCUUCUCCCCUGCCCCUCACCUCUCUGAUUCUGCACAGGCCCCCAAAGGUCCCCCCCCUACCCCGGUAACAGGCCCUCUCCUCUCCAAAGGAGGCUGUCAACUGCCCACAACUAACCAGUGUCCCUGCCAGGCUUCCAGUGUAUCCACCCACAUCUGGAAGUGGCCCAAAUGUUUGGGUUUGGCUUUUUUUAUUUUCCAUUCCAGAUUAGCCCAGCCCAUCUCUAGUUAUAAAAAAAAAAAAAGACUUUUUUUUUUCUUUUUCUUUCCUUUUAUUACUUUUGCUCACAAUCAAGUGUCUGAUUAGGUCUGCAGCAGCCCUCGAAUGAGUACAGCAAAUUUACCAAUUUAACUCUUUCUUUACUGCAAGUUUAAAUAGUUGUAUAGAUAGUUUAUAAGCACAAUAUUUUAAGAGAAAAAAAACAGUGGCUGGUCUACUAGGCAGCCUUUGUGCUAGGAAGUUAAAGAAAAAAAACUUUGGUGAUUUAAUACUAAUAAUACUAUUUCUGUGGAAUAAUUCUAAAGAGUAUGACCUUUUUAAAAUCAACCUUAUUUGGAUGCGUCUGAACCAGCAGAGCUGUGUUACGUUUUCUAUCUUUGCUAGAACUUCGUCACCGAAGGACAAAUGUUUCUUCGAAAGUGGUCCCGAUUCGCCGAACGGCAGUUGGUCGGUCGGUAGCUCCCCAGUCCCAAAGCCAAUAAAAAGCCACUCUUCUCCAGUCCCCUCCCCACCCCACCCCCUGCACCCCCAACUCUGGAAAACCAAGAUUUCUUUUGACUUUGCCUCUGUUCUGAUCCCCUUUGCAGGUCAAUAUUUGUAUUUGGAAGUUCCAACCUACUUGUAAUAAAAAGAAUGCAUUCAGGCAUUUUCCUUCAGAGUACUUUCGAUUUUUCCAUAGUGAGGGAACAUUACUAUAAAGGAAUUUGGCGACAGGUGUUCUCACGGUAGCCAGCGGAGGGGCCACAAUACGUAAGAAUGUGUAAAAACAAACAAACAAAAGAGCUUCUUUAGCCAUCAUUUGUCUUCCAUUUGGUGAGAUGACAAGAGUUCAGUCAAUAAACCGCUAGCAAUCAGGCUCUUUUCCUUCCUUGGCUUUCCGCGGGUAUUGCCACUGCAAACGGUGCCAGGUCGAACGUUAGCCCAAACGAUAGGGGAGAAAAUCAGCCAGGUGACUUUCAGGCUGCUGCUAUGGAAGCACACCUUGGCAGGAUCUAGGCUUAUUGAAUUGUGGCCUCCCAGGGUGGUGCAGGCUGGUGGGGACCCUUUGGUCCCAAGCUAUUUUGUAUCUUUGCAGACACUUAACAACCUCGAUGCCAGGGCAUCAGUAGAAAGCAGAUGGAAACAUUAAAGAGCUAAUGAAAUAGUUUCUUUUUACAUUGUGUCUUACAGUAUCAAAGUAACCAGGCUGCCCAAGGGCCUGCUUUGACCAAUAAAAUACUUGUUUGCCAAGACCCAUCGGUCUAGCUGUUUGAUGAGUUUGCUCCCCUCAGCAAUAGCUCCCAGUUCAGAGAGCCCCCUCCUUCUCUUCUCCUCCGCAUUGGGGAACAUCAGGCCUAGGCCCUGUUCAUGAUACUCUUUAAUAUGGAGCUGAGCGUUAACGGCUCUGCUCAAAGAGACGUGUUAACUGUGGUCCUCUGGGUUUUAGGAUCAACUUUUGUUAUAUACUGUACUUUAAAUAAACUGUAUUUACAUGCCUA